AUGUCGCGCUCGUCGUAUGACCGAUACUUGACCAUCUUUUCGCCAGAUGGAAGGCUGUACCAGGUCGAAUAUGCUUUCAAGGCGAUCAACACGGCGGGCCUAACCAGCAUCGCUGUUCGCGGCAAGGACUGCUCCGUCGUAGUCGGUCAGAAAAAGGUUCCCGACAAGCUCAUUGACGCUGCAAGUGUCACCAACAUCUUCAACCUCACUCCCGAAAUUGGGUGCAUCAUGACCGGUCGAGUUGCCGACGCAAGAGCCCAAGUGCAACGCGCAAAGAUGGAAGCGGCCGACUUCAAAUACAAGUACGGCUUUGCCAUUACGCCCGAUCUGCUCGCCAAGCGCAUGGCCAACCUCAACCAAGUCUACACCCAGCGAGCUGCCAUGCGCCCUUACGGCGUCUCGAUGAUCCUCGUUGGCAUCGACCCGGAACGCGGACCGCAGAUCUUCAAGAUCGACCCCGCCGGCUACUACGUCGGCUUCCGCGCCACCGCUGCUGGCGUCAAACAGACGGAAGCCACCAACUUCCUCGAAAAGCAGUUUAAAAAGUCGUCUUCCUCUACAGCGGGAGCGGGAGACGUGCCAGAGCCACCGGCAGGCGCAUCAGCCAUCGACGCAGCCGCGCUCGAAGCAGAAUACAUCUCGUCGAACCUCAGCGUGGAACAGACGCUGGAUCUGGCGGUCAACACGCUGGCUACCGUGCUGGCCCAGGACUUGAAGCCGAGCGAGCUCGAGGUGGCCAUCGUCGGGGGUCCGGACGCGGCCAAGGUGUUGCUGGGCGGCGAUGACGAGGGUGGCGUUGCACAGUUGGAUUCCAGCACGCUGCCGAAGGAGGUGCAGCUGCAGAAGCGCUUCCGCAAGCUCAACGAUGAGGAGAUUAGCAUUAUCCUCGAGAGGUUGGCUGAGAGGGAUUGA